AUGGUCCGCGGUGGUUCCGUGUCGUUGGGCAUCACACAUGUGAAUGACAGCUCCGGGCUGAACCAUCCCCCACCGGCGGAGAAAGCGCGAGCACAUCGCUGCGUACAUCGUGAUCCGGUGGAUGCUGAGGGGUCACCUUCUAUCACUGCCAAAGAGGAAACCGCACCGCGGUGACACGUCAUUUUCGUGUUUGAGGAAGUCCGCUUUUCUGCAGGCGCGUUCAGUUUUGCUUCGCCUCACCCAGCACGAUGUCUGGCUCUUACGAUGAAUCCGCUGCAGCUGAUGAGGCCAUGGACAGCUUUUGGGAGGUGGGAAAUUAUAAGCGUGCUGUCAAGAGAAUUGACGACGGCCAUCGACUUUGCAAUGAUCUCAUGAACUGCCUUCAGGAACGUGCCAAGAUUGAGAAGUCCUACAGUGCACAGCUCACCGAGUGGUCCAAGAGAUGGAGACAACUUAUUGAGAAAGGACCGCAGUACGGUUCUGUGGAGCGAGCCUGGUUAGCCAUGAUGACAGAGGCUGAUAAGGUGAGUGAACUUCAUCAGGAGGUGAAGAAUGGACUCAUGAACGAGGACAUUGAGAAGGUGAAGAACUGGCAGAAAGACUCAUACCACAGACAGAUAAUUGGUGGAUUCAAGGAAACCAAAGAGGCUGAGGAGGGCUUCAAGAAAGCCCAGAAACCCUGGGCUAAGAAACUCAAAGAGAUGGAUUCGGCAAAGAAGACUUACCACAUGGCCUGUAAGGAGGAGAAACUGGCUGCAGCUCGAGAAGCAGAUGCGUCUGUCACUACUGACCAGCAGAAGAAACUGCACGAGAAGACAGAGAAAUGCAAACAAGAUGUACAAAAGGCUAAAGAGAAGUAUGAGAAAUCCCUGGAUGAGUUAUCGAAGUGCACACCGCAGUACAUGGAGUGUAUGGAUCAAGUGUUUGAUCAAUGCCAACAACACGAGGUCAAGCGACUGACGUUCCUCAAAGAGGUUCUACUGGACAUCAAACGACACCUCAACCUCACAGAGAACCAAAACUAUGCUGCAGUGUACCGUGAGUUUGAACGCACCAUUCUGGCUGCGAACACACAAGAGGAUCUGAAGUGGUUUAGUAAUAAUCACGGUCCGGGCAUGUACAUGAACUGGCCACAGUUUGAGGAAUAUAAUCCAGAAGCCACCAAUGCUGUGGCCAAGAGAGAGAAGAAGAAGCCAGAUGGAGUUGCUCCUGCGACUCCCAACACAGAGCAUGGAGGUCAACCGGGUGACCGUGGCAGUGUGAGCAGCUAUGAUAAGAACCAGACGUACUCUACAGAAUGGUCUGAUGAUGAGCAGCCCACCGGAUACUCGGGGAAUGAGACCAACGGUGGUGCAAACUCUUUUGAGGAUGACUCAGGCAGCAAAGGAGGCGUGCGGGUGCGGGCACUGUAUGACUAUGAAGGGCAAGAGCAGGACGAGCUCAUCUUCAAAGCAGGUGAUGAAUUUACAAAGAUUGAGGAGGAAGAUGACCAGGGCUGGUGCAGAGGUCGCCUGGACAACGGCCAGACGGGAUUAUACCCGGCCAAUUACGUUGAAGAAAUCUAAUCAGUUGACCAGAGGAGACCGCACCAUUGGAGGCAGCUCUGUUUGUCUGACCUAAUAACAUGGCAAAAAUGCCAGAGACUUCAAAUGAACGACUUUCCCUAAAGAUGUGCAAUGCAGUCUUGUUUAAAAUCGAAAAAUCUUAGUAACUGAUAACCACAUUGUAUAUAAAUUAAUCUUGUCUGGUAGACGGGACGAGCUUGCUCACAAGUAAUAUCUAUUUGCAAAUAUUUACAAAUUAUAUACACAUACAUCCAAACACAUAAACCAAUAAAUGACCAGUCAGUUAUGCAAAUACAGGAUUAUUUGUGCGACUUACAAGUUAUUUGAAAUGAUAUUACUAACAUAAAUAUAGAAUACUGUUAUUAACACAAUAUUCAACUGAACAGACCUUCAUGUGGCCACUAUGUGUAUUUUAAAAUAUGUAUCAAAUCACUUUAGAAGAGUUUGUGUGUGCAUUACCGGGUACUUGUCCAAUGUCUAGCAACUCAGUCAUGGUGUCUAAACAGAAAAUAACAAACAAUAACACUAUUCGGUUUUCUCUCAACAUGUGUUCAGGCCUUGUUGCGCUGUGCAUUAUAGUUGAUAUCGUCCUUUUGAUGUCUGUGUCUUAUGCAUUGCAAGCAUGUGCUAUGGAGCAUGUAGCUCUCAAUUCUUCUGGCCAUCUGUUCUGUAUGCAAUCCCUACAGUGACCACAGAGGGCAGCAGAAUCACAUCAUCCUCAAACCAGGAAGUGAAGAAAAUAGAAACUCUCAGGCUAUGUUCAGAAUGGAAUACUACUUACCCAACACUGCACAGUAUACACAGUAUACUGCCUACUGUUUCGUUGUAAUAACAAGUGAAACUGUAAAAAUUAUUCCACGAUAAACAUUUCAAACAGUAGCGUACUACAUAGGUGUCCCGUUACCUCGUAAUGUUGCAAUUAAUUACGGUUCAUUCAUCACACUGGAAAUGGAAGGUCAUACUGUAUAAUGCAAAUGUUGAAUUCCAGGCAUACAAAAAAUCACAUACUGUGAUAAGUAUAUAAGUUAUAUAAUGCAGAAAUAGAAAAAAAGAAAGAGUAGUAUGUUAAUAUGCAAUUCCAAACAUGGCCCCAGUUGUUCCUAGUCUUACAGUUGCUGCACUCCAACUGCAGUGUCACCUCAUGUUUGUUGAAGCCUUGUGCUGUUUUUAGUUACUCUAUGAGUAAAUUGUACUAUACAGAUAUUGUGUUGUCUCAUAGAGCCUUUCAGGAAGAGAAGGUCUUGUCUAAACAUAUCUUUAUCUAUUCAUGGUCACCUCGAUACUAAAUCAAGGUUCUUCAGAAGGACAUAAAUAUUUUCUGAAAACAGUUUGGGCUACAUACGUGCAGCACAUUUUAAAAGACAAAAUCCAUGAGCAUAACAAAUCAUAAAGUUAAUUUGAAACACAGAUGUACAAAAAUGUCAUGAGGUCAAUGCUUAAAACAAGGGGUAAAAAUUGCUGAUGAGGUAAAAUAAUUUUUUGAGAAAAACUUAAUUCAAGAUGUUUUCAGAGAAAUCUUAUUAUAAGUCUUAACUACGUUUAUCAUGUAUGAACAAUGUUUAGAUAGUUUAACAGAAAAAUUACAAAAAUAUUGAUGAAGAAAAUAAUUUUUUUGCAGUGCAGUUGGACGAAUUCUUGUUGUUACAUGACCUGUUUACUGACACCCACUGCAUCUGUUUCAAGACUGUAGUUUUAAAUGCAUAAUAUCUUAUAAAAUCGCUGAUCAGUUUUGAAAUAAUAUCAAAGUUAAAAGUUUAUACAAACAUUGGUGCCAACAUAUGAUUUGGAGGCAAUACAGUAAAUUGUUAUUCCAUUCAAUACUGACGUCCUGAUGAUGGUACGUCCAUUAUUUUGAUUAUGCUUGCUGUGCUGAGAACAUAUGGCACUGUGUAUACAUGGAGAUGUGCAUCAUUCAUGGAGUUUCAGUAUGGAAGUUAAAAUGUAGUGAACAUGAUGUGAGGUAAUAUGUUCAGAGGAAAGUCCCCCCAGAUUUGUGAUUUGUCCAAGUAAAAAUUUCCCAACCUAGAAAAAAGAUUUGCAAUGUUAAAAUAUCACGUAAAAUGUACACAAAAUAAGUGCAGAAGGGUACACGCACAACAUGUUGGGUUUAUCGUAUUGGGGAUUGUCCUCUUUAAUAUAUUCAGUGUGUAUGAGUUGUGUUUAUGUAUAGAAAAUAAAACUAUAGUGUUAUAAUUGUAAAUGUUGGGUAACAAAAGAACAAUGCUUUGAAAAAGUGACAUACUGUAAUGCUCUAUAGUUACCAUAUUGUAUUAAUUUGAUUUGGACUGCAAUGAAACUACUUAUGUACCAUACCUGUAUAAAUGCGUGUGGGUCCACGCCGUCAUAUUUGUAUAUGAUGAUGUAAUUUAUUAAGAUUAUAUUCUACUGUAACUGUGUUGAGUAGAGACAAACACCUAUGUUGAGACAGUAAAGAAACAUGUAAUGUAAAUGCUAUUUUUUAUGUUGAUUUGUUCUUUAUGCAACAAAGGAAUGAAGGUUUCUGUUGUGAACGUUUCUCUUGCGGUGUAGAGGACAUGUGUGUACGUUCAUAGUUAAUUGAUGUAAAUUGACCUCCUUGCUGGUGUAGUGCCUCCUCAUCCAUGACAUGAUGUUAAUUUAUAUAUGCAUAAAGUUAAUGAUGAUGAACAUGACGAUGAACAAAAUAAUUUUGAAACCCUGA